AUGGCUCCCGACAUGGCCAGCAACAUCCGCGUUUUCGUGCACUGGAGCGACCAGACCGUGUUCGCCGGCGAGGAGAUCAAGUGCCGCAUCACCUUCAAGAACGUCGCGCGGCCGAACCAACCCAACCCCGAGCGCUCGAGACAGCCCUCCCCUCUGCUGGGCACGCCUCGCAAGCCCAACCUCAACAAUGGCCUCACGCCGCCCGCCUCUGCCAGAGGCAGGGGCCAUCGAGCCACCCUCUCCCUGAACGUGCCGACGGGCCAUUCGCGCUCCAAGAGCAGCGGCACCACGUCGUGGAUUCCCGCCCAGCCGCCGCCGACCCGGCCGGGCCACAGUCACAAGCGCUCCGUUUCCAUCGUUUCAAUAGGCUCCGCGACCACCGUGGAGGACCAGGCACAUAGCAAUGGGACUAGAGGGCCACCCCAGCGUCCUGGUCGUGGCCAUGGCCGCUCCUCCAGUCUGCAAAUAUCCCCAAGAGCAAGCGCCGUCUUCAACGGCCCGCAGUCUGCCGCGCUGCCACAGCGGCCAUAUGGAGGCAGCUCGCAGGGCUCGCCCGUCUUCAACAACAACUCUUUCCCGCCCUCUCGGUACGGACAUGGCCGUCAGCCGGGCGUUUCGACCAUGCCCAACACCCCUGCAGUCGGACACACGCCGAGGAGAAGCCCCCUGCAGAUGCCUGAGUGGACGUUUCCCGCUGUGCGAUCACCGCUCUCCGAAAGUGAGGACAGGUCGCCGGGUGGCCAGGACGAAGACUACCUGACGACGCCGGUCUCGGCAGGCGGGGGCUCGGUGCAGCUCCCGGUGCGCUCGCGGGACUCGGUGCCCUCCGUCGUGGAGCACCCGGCCCCGGCGGCACGGAUCUUGUCAACGACGAGCAUAGCGGGCGGGACGCCCAGGAGCAGUGGGGAGUUCUACUCCUUGAGUAACAACUCGAGCGAAACUCUGGCCUCGGAAUACGUGACACAGCCGCUGCGGAAUGGCUUGAGACCGCCACAUUUAAGAAGAAUCUCGGGCAUGUCCGGACCAGGCCAAGCGAAGUUGCCGGAAGCCUUGAUGAUGGGCUACGCACAGAUUCAAGGGUCAUUCACGCUGGACGGAUCCCUCAUAAAUUUGGGGCCCUUUGAGACGGUCAAGAGGAAGGCUGUAUUGGGAGGGCAAGGCGGCGGCGUCAUCGGACUUGAGAACUCAAAAAGGGACAGUGGACUGCUCAAGAGCUUCGGAUGGGGCUCCUGGGGAAACUCCAUAGGAGAGCUGCUCGGUGGAGGGGAGUUGAGUAGUAUCAAGGAGAUGCGCGGCGUAGCAGGCUCCAAGUCGAUACCCUUGCUCUCAACGCCCCAGUCCAUCCUUUUCGUGGACCUGCAACUCGCUCCGGGGGAGAGCAAGACAUACGAAUACUCAUUUAAAUUGCCCAAGGGUUUACCUCCGACGCACAAAGGCAAAGCCAUGAAGAUCACUUACAGUCUCGUCAUCGGAACACAGAGACCAGGGGGGACAAAGGAACAGCAGGUCAAAUCAGUCGAUAUACCAUUUCGGGUACUGGGCAGCGUCAAUAGUCAUGGCGAGAUCCUCGGUCAUGACCUCAUGUCGCCGUAUAUCAUUCUCCGCGAUCUAGCGAAGGUUCAGCAGCUCGACAAGAAUGCCAGCAGCGCGGAGAAGACGAAGGUCAAACCACUGCCAAAUUCUACCCUCCACGGAUUCCUGGGCUAUGUGGAGGAAUUACUGGAUCGGCCAAGGAAUGGAUCUGGUCUUCUUUCGCCUACAGCUCACGGGCCAUCUUCGCGGCGCCCUUCUGCUUUCGAAGAAGCCGCCACUGCUCGGGAAGCCAUUGACUUGGCCAUCAUGCGUUCUAAUCUCUCAUCCUCGGACUCAGGCCAGAGCACAAACCGCUUUGAGAUUGCUAGAAAUGGUCAGCGGGUCGGCGUUGUUAUGCUUGCCCGACCAGCCUACAGACUUGGCGAGGCUGUCAGCAUGGCUAUCGACUUCACAGAUGCCGAGAUACCCUGCUAUGCCGUCCACGCGGCUCUGGAGACUGCCGAGCGCAUCGAGCCCGCCUUUGCCUUGAGGAGUGAGGCCAGCGUCCAUCGGGUCACCAGAAAGGUGUAUGGUAGCUCCAGCGAGGCCACAUUAUUUGCCCGACGCAUAGUGUUCAGCCCAACUAUCCCCAUCAAUGCCACACCGGAAUUCGUUACCAGUGGCCUCAGUCUGGAGUGGAAAAUCAGAGUCGAGUUUGUGGUGCCAAGCUCCACGGCCGAGGACACCGAAGCUGAGAGACGCGCUGAAGGACCGCACCCGCUGCUCGAGGAGAUCUCUCGCGACGAUCGGGGUGGGCUCGUCAUGGUGGCGGCUGAGAACCUGGAGUGCGAGAGCUUUGAGGUCGCGGUUCCCUUGCGGGUCUACGGCGCGGUUUGCAAUGGACUCGAGAGGCUAGAGCGAGACGAGGCCGAGGAGGGCCUGGUCGUGUAA